AGUAUAAUUUUGUCAUGCAGAAAAUGUUGUCAACACACAAACGGUGACCCGAAAUUGUGUUAAAAUGUUCAAUUUAUGACAAUUUUAAUCGUAAGUUUUAAAGCAUUCUUAGCAGAGCCAUGUCUUCAACGUGUACUUUACAAACACAAGCGGCUGUAGUCACCGAAACACAGACUCAGAGUCAAAGCUCGCCAUCACUGACAUUAAAACUGAGGAAGCCCAAGCAAAAGAAGAAGGUGAAUUGGAAAAAUGGAGUUGUAGACAAUGAACACAUGGGCAAGAAAAAAUCUAAAUGUUGUUGUAUAUACGAGAAACCGAGGAUGUUCGGGGAGAGUUCUUCGAGUGACGAAAGUGACGACGAUGAUGACUGCAAAAUGUGCCGCCAUCAAAAAAAGGGCAACUACCAGAAACCUGCCCCUGAUGGAGCAGAUGAAGGUGGGGCAGAGGAAGGUGGGGCGGAGGGGGGCACGUCAGCUUAGAAUCAAAAACACCCCGCUUAGAUGGAAAGCAUAGCAUGUCAUAUUGUGAUUGAGUAUCCGGUAAUGUAUUCAAAAGCUCACUUAAAGUAGAGUCAUAAAUGUAGAUUUUGGUUUUUGUCCCCUUAAUUCUAAUUUAUAGGCAAAAUUUUUCAAGAAAGAUUCAAUAAUAGUCUCAUGUGAAAGUUUCAGCUGAACACACUUGCAGAGAGAACAACCAAGAACUGUUUUGGUAUUUUCACAUGAGUAACAACCGCAACUCUGGUCACAGCAUUCGCAACAGUUAGGAUGGGAUCUGCAUAUGGGGUUUCUAAAAUAAAAAAAGCAUCCUCGUACAAAGUUUUUAUUUUUGUCCUCAAAUCAUUUGUAUCAUGUAAAAAAUGAAUUUGUCAUGAUAACAAAUUGGAGUGAUUUUAUUUUUCAAGAAUUUUGCAUUAAUGGGAAAGUUGCUCUUAUAAAAAAAUAUAUCCUUUGUUCGUUUUGUUUUCUCGUCUUCGAUCCACACAAGACUUGCACAGUCUAUUUGCAGUAAAUAAAUUGGUGUGUUCUGUGAGCUUGAAGUCUGUGGAGUAUUUCCAGAUCACUUUCUCAAUCAACUUUUAGAAUGAGUGUUAUACAAUGGUCAUUGUGUGUAUUGCCUAGUAAUGUGUAAAAUACAGGGGCCACAACCAUAGUGUUCCUUCAAAAGUGCUGUACAUGUAUGUACAGAAGUCCAUAGUAUGUACAGAGGUCCAUAGUAAGCCAAGUCAUGAAAUUGUACACAGGGCCCACUUUAAGCAAAUCAAAUAGCUUUAAAGGCAGUGGACACUAUUUGUAAUUGUCAAAGACUAGCCUUCACAGUUGGUGUAUCUCAACAUAUGCA